AUGAGAGAGACUUUUAGCAAAGAGGACGUGGCCUCGCACAGCAAAGGUGACAGUCCCUGGAUCAUCAUCGAUGAAGAUGUCUACGAUGUUUCCAAGUUCCAAGAUGAGCACCCUGGUGGGAAAAAGAGUACGUUGGUCCGAAAGUAUCCGCUACGUCCGAAUAUUGACAGUACCUAUGUAGUUCUCCAGCGAGUUGCUGGAAAGGAUGCUUCAAAACAAUUCUGGAAGUACCACAAUGACGGUGUUUUGAAGAGGUACAAGGCUCAGCUGCAGAUCGGUUCGUUGGAUACGAAGAAGGCGGCACCUGCGCCAGCCCCGGAAACGGCUGACCCAGAGCCAAAGCCUGCUGUCUCUUCUUCCUUGACGCCGCGUGCCACUGGCGAGCCCCAGGAUCCUUAUGGAGAGUUGAUCCCCUUCGCCGAUCCCUCGUGGUACCAGGGUUAUGCUUCCCCCUACUUUAAUCAAUCCCACGCCGCACUGCGAGACGAGGUCCGCCAGUGGGUCGAGUCCGAGAUCGCGCCAUAUGUGACCGAAUGGGAUGAGGCCAAGGAAGUGCCCGCUAAGAUUUACAAGCAGAUGGGGGAGCGAGGCUACCUCGCCGGACUUCUGGGAUUUCACUUCCCCAAGCAGCACACUCCUUACCGCGUGAAGUCUGUGUCAGCAGAUCGAUGGGAUUUGUUCCAUGAAAUGCUGCUGACUGACGAGCUGUCGCGUGCCGGCAGUGGUGGUCUGGUAUGGAACCUGAUUGGUGGUUACGGAAUUGGCUGCCCGCCACUGGUCAAGUUUGGCAAGAAGCCGCUGGUUGACCGAAUCUUACCGGGUAUCUUGGCCGGCGACAAGCGCAUCUGUCUCGCCAUCACCGAGCCCGAUGCGGGAAGUGACGUCGCAAACUUGGGUUGCGAGGCCAAGCUCACCGAGGACGGCAAGCACUAUAUCGUCAAUGGCGAGAAGAAGUGGAUUACCAAUGGUAUUUAUUCUGAUUACUUCACUACCGCCGUGCGCACCGGCAAGGACAGCAUGAACGGCCUCAGUGUGCUGCUCAUCGAGCGCGAAGCUGGCGGCGUCAGCACCCGUCGCAUGGACUGCCAGGGUGUAUGGGCCAGUGGCACGACUUACAUCACCUUCGAGGACGUCAAGGUGCCUGUGGAGAACUUGAUUGGCAAGGAGAACCAGGGCUUCAAGGUUAUCAUGACCAACUUCAACCACGAACGCAUUGGUAUCGUGAUUCAGUGUGUGCGCUUCUCGCGUGUCUGCUAUGAGGAGUCUGUGAAAUACGCCCACAAGCGUAAGACGUUCGGCAAACGUCUCAUUGAUCACCCAGUUAUUCGCAUGAAACUGGCUCACAUGGCCCGCCAGAUCGAGGCCACUUACAACUGGCUCGAGAACAUUAUCUUCCAGUGUCAGUCCAUGGAGGAGACCGAGGCUAUGAUCAAGCUUGGUGGUGCCAUUGCUGGAUUGAAGGCCCAGUCUACGCAAUGCUUUGAAUUCUGCGCUCGCGAGGCUAGUCAGAUCUUUGGUGGUUUGAGCUACAGCCGCGGCGGUCAGGGUGGUAAGAUCGAGAGACUGUACCGUGAUGUGCGUGCCUAUGCUAUUCCGGGCGGCAGUGAGGAGAUUAUGCUUGAUCUGAGUAUGCGCCAGAGUCUGCGUGUCCAUGCCAUGUUUGGCAUGAAGCUAUAA